AAGGAGAAAGGGGAGAGGGGUGGGGUAUUUAUCCUUCCAUCGCAGCCGUUCAUCCACGUUGUUAUGUUUUCCGAGCGGGCGGCGCAGCAGGAGCCGACUCUGCUGUCGGCCCCGCUCCCGGCCCAGCCGGGCCCGACUUUCCCCCGGGUCACCGCCGGCUCCUACAACAACCGCUCCGGCUGCUUCAGGCUGGGCGAGCGCUCCUUCCAGCGGCAGUACGCGCACAUCUACGCCGCCCGGUUGAUGCAGGUGCGCCCGUUGGUGGAGGAGAGCGCCAGAAAGAAGUGGGGGGCCGAUGUGCCGGUCAAGAAGCUGUGUGAGCUGCAGGUCGGCCAGAAAUGUUGUGUGGUUGGCACCCUCUUCAAGCACAUGGAGUUGAAACCAUCCAUCCUGCGGGAAAUCAGUGAGGAGCACAACCUGUUGCCUCAACCAGCACGUACAAAAUACACAGAUCAAUCCGACGAGCUUAUUCUAGAGGAUGAGCUGCAACGAAUCAAAUUGGAGGGAAAGAUUGAUGUUCAGAAAUUAGUGACAGGUGCAGUUAUUGCAUUACUUGGUGCUGAACAGGGUGAUGGAAAAUUUUUGGUAGAAGAUAUUUGUACAACUGACAUUCCACCACAGCGGCAAAUGGCAGGUCCAAACACUGAUAGGUAUGUAAUAUUAGCCUCUGGUCUUGGCCUGGGUGGAAAGAAUGCAGAAAGUCUUCUUGGCAUGCAGCUUCUCAUUGACAUGGUAACAGGUCAGUUGGGAGAUGAGGGUGAACAGAGCAGUGCUGCAAAAAUCUCUCGUGUGAUUUUAGCAGGAAAUCUUCUCAGUCGGAACACACAGGAUAAAGACUCCUUCAUCAAGGCCAAGUAUCUAACAAAGAAGACUCAGGCAGCCAGCGUGGAAGCCAUUAAAAUGCUCGAUGAGAUCCUGGUGCAGCUAAGUGCCUCGGUUCCUGUAGAUUGUAUGCCUGGGGAAUUUGAUCCAACAAAUUACACCUUGCCACAGCAGCCACUCCACCACUGUAUGUUUCCGCAGGCUAUGACUUAUCCCACAAUGCAGCUUGUCACCAACCCUUAUCAAGCAGACAUUGAUGGAGUAAGGUUCCUGGGAACAUCUGGACAGAAUGUGAAGGACAUUUUCUGCUACAGUUCGAUGGAGGAUCAUCUUGAGAUCUUGGAGUGGACUUUACGGAUUGGCCACAUGAGUCCCACUUCGCCGGACACCCUUGGAUGUUACCCAUUCUACAUGAAUGAUCCAUUCAUUUUUGAGGAGUGUCCACAUGUUUACUUCUGUGGCAAUGCUCCAUCAUUCCAAUCAAAAAUUCUAAAAGGUGUAGAAGGACAACGGGUACUCUUGGUUGCUGUCCCAGAAUUUUCUACAACACAAAAAGCUUGUCUGGUGAACCUACGGACUCUUGAGUGUCAACCAAUCAGCUUCUCUGCUUUCAGUGCUGGGGAUGAUGAUGUCGAGAUGGAUGUCAGUCACUGAGCGUGAAGACAUGUUUGUUUAAAAAAGGUUUCAUGUGACUUUUCAUCCUCUGACACUAGCAAGCAAGAUGCAGAUUGCCCACUCUGCACAGGAGGGGAAGUCAAUUGAGGAAGUCAGUUGCACCUCCUUUGUAACACUCCUGUCGUUGGUGUUCAGAGGGACUAAUGUUGAAGAACCAUGCUGCGUGGUAACUUGUUUCUACAUCUUUUCAUUCUGCAAAGGCAACACUGAAAGAUUUUAAAUCAUCAUGUUUUCAGCUUUAGUUUUGAAAGUGAACUCAGUCCCUUAACCUUGCCUCAAUUGCAUGUUUUUCAAAUCAAAACAGUAUCAUGUUAAUCAUGAGUGAGACACUUUACAGCAUGUCUAAUUAGUGACAACAUGCUGAAAUUCUUAGACUUAAACCUCUGGGGAUAUAAUGCAUGAGGCAUUUUUAAGUUGGUAACUUGCACUUGGUGCUUUGUUUUUAAUUGGUCCCUGGGGUUUCUGAGUCUUGACAUAUUCAAUUGUUUUGAUGGAACUGAUUGGACCUAACCCCUUUGCUCGCUCGUACCACCGAAAGUUAAAAUGCUCCUGACAGGAUAAACUUGAAUAAGAGACAAUGUCUUUUAGUUGUGUGCUGUGUUGGGUAUUUCUUAAAACAGUUUAUGCCAUAAAAAAUGUUGGAAUCCUAUAAGUUGAUCCAUUAUAUGUUUAACUGGAUGUACAAAAUAAAAGGCACUUCCAUAGCGCCUAAUAUCUUCUUGGGGAAAUUCAAAUUACUUUUCUGUCAUCCUGUACAGUGUACUAUUUCAAGAACUCAACUUCUCUGAUUUUCGUAGGGCAGUUUUAAUCUGUCACUGUGUCUGGUGUAGCUGCUAUCACACAGCAAGUAUGAUAUCUUGUUUGUAUUUUAUUCUAGAUUAUGAUUUGGCUUUGUAAACAAACCUGUGUGUUGACUUUCCAAAAAUUAAAUGAACAAUAGUGUGACACACUUGGGCAGGAAUAAUAGAAGUAUUACCUGAAGAGCAAACAUCUGCAGAAUUCCAAGGCUGCCAAUAGAUGGUAAUAUUAAUUGCUUGCUACAUGUAUUUAUGGAAAUACAGUAAAAUGUGUAUGUUGAUGCUGUUUUAAGCCAGUGCUGUUUUAGUUUCAUAAAUUAUGAAAAAUAAAUCAGAUAUUCUUCGGACAAA